AUGAAUUCUAAUUCUGGCUUAAAUUGUGACAGGGCCUUAGACUUCACUACCCUGGAGAACAAAGGUGUGGGAUAAUAGAUUGCUCCAGAAAAAAUGUAAUCAAGACCUAAUGAAGAACAUAGAUGGGGAGAAGUUAUUAAGACUUCUCUAUCAAAAAUAGAUUCUAGGGAUCAUAAAUUACUAGUGAUUCAAACUUUAUUUUCUGAGAAAGGAGUAGAUCUGAACCUAUCAGAAUUUAGUCUUGGAGAAAUGGAAGGAAUACCUAUGUAUAUUCAACACUCAUUAAACAUGAAGUAAUUAACAGGAUUGAUCUAAGAAGUAAGAUUUAUAGCCUAGAAAACAGGAUCUUUUUUGGGAAUAAUACGCAAG